GUGGGGAUAUACGCUGGCGUCUGUGUCGAUCUGCGGCCAGCUCUCUAGAGGCCAAUGAGAGUUGAACCCUGAGUGUAAUCUGUGCCAAGCAGGACUGAUGUGCACCCAGAAGGAAUGAAGUAUGGAUGUGAAAGAACGUAGGCCUUACUGCUCGCUGACCAAGAGCCGACGAGAGAAAGAACGGCGGUACACAAAUUCCUCAGCGGACAAUGAAGAGUGUAGGGUACCCACACAGAAGUCUUACAGUUCCAGUGAAACCCUGAAAGCUUUUGAUCAUGAUUCCUCGCGGCUGCUUUACGGAAACAGAGUAAAGGAUUUGGUUCACAGAGAGGCAGACGAAUACACCAGACAAGGACAGAAUUUUACCCUAAGGCAGUUAGGAGUUUGUGAACCAGCAACUCGAAGAGGACUGGCAUUUUGUGCGGAAAUGGGGCUUCCUCACAGAGGUUACUCUAUCAGUGCAGGGUCAGAUGCUGAUACGGAAAAUGAAGCAGUGAUGUCCCCAGAGCAUGCCAUGAGACUUUGGGGCAGGGGGGUCAAAUCGGGCCGCAGCUCCUGCCUGUCAAGUCGGUCCAACUCAGCCCUCACCCUGACAGACACGGAGCACGAGAACAAGUCCGACAGUGAGAGUGAGCAACCUGCAAACAACCAAGGCCAGCCCACUCUGCAGCCUUUGCCACCACCCCAUAAACAGCACCCCGCCCAACACCAUCCGUCCAUCACUUCUCUCAACAGAAACUCCCUGACCAAUAGAAGGAACCAGAGUCCGGCCCCGCCGGCUGCUUUGCCCGCCGAGCUGCAAACCACACCCGAGUCCGUCCAGCUGCAAGACAGCUGGGUCCUUGGCAGUAAUGUACCACUGGAAAGCAGGCAUUUCCUAUUCAAAACAGGAACAGGGACAACGCCACUGUUCAGCACUGCAACCCCAGGAUACACGAUGGCAUCUGGCUCUGUUUAUUCGCCGCCUACUCGGCCACUACCUAGAAACACGCUAUCAAGAAGUGCUUUUAAAUUCAAGAAGUCUUCCAAGUACUGUAGCUGGAAAUGUACUGCCCUGUGCGCUGUAGGGGUCUCCGUGCUCCUGGCGAUACUCCUCUCAUAUUUUAUAGCAAUGCAUCUCUUUGGCCUCAACUGGCAGUUACAGCAGACUGAAAAUGACACAUUUGAGAAUGGAAAAGUGAAUUCUGAUACUAUGCCAACAAACACGGUAUCAUUACCUUCUGGCGACAAUGGAAAAUUAGGUGGAUUUACCCAAGAAAAUAACACCAUAGAUUCUGGAGAACUUGAUAUUGGCCGAAGAGCGAUUCAAGAGGUUCCUCCUGGGGUCUUCUGGAGAUCCCAGCUCUUCAUUGAUCAGCCACAGUUUCUUAAAUUCAAUAUCUCCCUUCAGAAGGAUGCAUUGAUUGGAGUAUAUGGCCGAAAAGGCUUACCCCCUUCCCAUACUCAGUAUGACUUUGUCGAGCUCCUGGAUGGCAGCAGGUUGAUCGCGAGAGAGCAGCGGAAUCUGCUGGAGCCAGAAAGGGCAGGGCGGCAGGCGAGAUCUGUCAGUCUGCACGAGGCUGGCUUUAUCCAGUACUUGGAUUCCGGAAUCUGGCAUCUGGCUUUUUACAAUGACGGGAAGAACGCAGAGCAGGUGUCUUUUAACACCAUCGUCAUAGAGUCAGUGGUGGAAUGCCCGCGAAAUUGCCAUGGAAAUGGAGAGUGUGUUUCUGGAACUUGCCAUUGUUUUCCAGGAUUUUUAGGUCCGGAUUGUUCCAGAGCAGCCUGCCCGGUGUUGUGUAGUGGCAACGGGCAGUACUCCAAGGGCCGCUGCCUCUGCUUCAGCGGCUGGAAGGGCACCGAGUGCGACGUGCCCACCACGCAGUGCAUCGACCCGCAGUGCGGGGGGCGUGGCAUCUGCAUCAUGGGCUCCUGCGCCUGCAACUCGGGGUACAAAGGAGAGAACUGCGAAGAAGCUGACUGUCUGGACCCCGGAUGUUCCAAUCACGGCGUUUGUAUCCACGGGGAAUGUCACUGCAGCCCAGGGUGGGGCGGUAGCAAUUGUGAACUAGUGAAGACCAUGUGUCCAGACCAGUGCUCUGGUCACGGAACGUACCUUCAGGACAGCGGGUCCUGUACCUGUGACCCUAACUGGACUGGCCCAGACUGCUCAAACGAAAUCUGCUCCGUGGACUGCGGCUCGCACGGAGUGUGCAUGGGGGGCACGUGUCGCUGUGAAGAGGGCUGGACCGGCGCCGCCUGCAGCCAGAGGGCCUGCCACCCGCGCUGCGCCGAGCACGGCACGUGCAAGGAUGGCAAGUGCGAAUGCAGCCAGGGCUGGAACGGAGAGCACUGCACCAUCGCUCACUAUUUGGAUAAGAUAGUUAAAGAGGGUUGUCCUGGGCUGUGCAACAGCAACGGAAGAUGUACACUGGACCAAAACGGCUGGCAUUGUGUUUGCCAGCCGGGGUGGAGAGGAGCAGGGUGUGAUGUAGCCAUGGAGACUCUCUGCACAGACAGCAAGGACAAUGAAGGAGAUGGGCUCGUUGACUGUAUGGACCCCGACUGCUGCUUCCAGAGCUCCUGCCAAAACCAGCCUUACUGCCGCGGACUACCUGACCCUCAGGAUGUCAUCAGCCAGAGCUUGCAGUCCCCCUCACAGCAAGCCGCCAAAUCCUUCUACGACCGAAUCAGUUUUCUUAUAGGGUCCGACAGCACCCAUGUCAUACCCGGAGAGAGCCCUUUCAAUAAGAGCCUUGCAUCCGUCAUCAGGGGCCAAGUACUAACUGCUGAUGGAACUCCACUGAUUGGAGUAAAUGUCUCGUUCUUCCAUUACCCAGAAUAUGGAUACACUAUUACCCGCCAGGAUGGAAUGUUUGAUUUGGUGGCAAAUGGCGGGGCCUCUCUUACUUUGGUCUUCGAACGCUCCCCAUUCCUCACUCAGUAUCAUACCGUGUGGAUUCCAUGGAAUGUCUUUUAUGUGAUGGAUACCCUCGUCAUGAAGAAGGAAGAGAAUGACAUUCCCAGCUGUGAUCUGAGUGGAUUUGUGAGGCCAAAUCCCAUCAUCGUGGCUUCUCCUUUAUCUACGUUUUUCAGAUCUUCUCCUGAAGACAGCCCCAUUAUUCCCGAAACACAGGUGCUCCAUGAAGAAACGACCAUUCCAGGAACAGAUUUGAAACUUUCCUACUUGAGCUCCAGAGCGGCGGGAUAUAAGUCAGUUCUCAAGAUCACCAUGACCCAGUCCGUCAUACCGUUUAAUUUAAUGAAGGUUCACCUUAUGGUGGCUGUGGUAGGAAGACUCUUUCAGAAGUGGUUUCCUGCCUCGCCAAACCUGGCCUAUACUUUUAUAUGGGAUAAAACAGACGCCUAUAACCAAAAGGUCUAUGGUCUGUCGGAAGCUGUUGUGUCGGUUGGAUACGAAUACGAGUCAUGUCUGGACCUGACUCUGUGGGAAAAGAGGACCGCCAUUUUACAAGGCUAUGAAUUAGACGCUUCCAACAUGGGUGGUUGGACAUUAGAUAAACAUCAUGUGUUGGACGUUCAGAAUGGCAUACUGUACAAGGGCAAUGGGGAAAACCAGUUCAUCUCCCAACAGCCCCCGGUUGUCAGUAGCAUCAUGGGAAAUGGCCGGAGGCGCAGUAUCUCGUGCCCCAGUUGCAAUGGUCAGGCCGAUGGUAAUAAAUUGUUGGCCCCGGUUGCAUUAGCUUGCGGGAUCGAUGGCAGCCUGUAUGUAGGGGAUUUCAACUAUGUUCGGCGAAUAUUCCCUUCUGGAAAUGUAACAAGUGUUUUAGAACUAAGAAAUAAAGAUUUUAGACAUAGCAGCAACCCAGCUCACAGAUACUACCUUGCAACCGAUCCAGUCACAGGAGAUUUGUAUGUUUCUGACACUAACACCCGCAGAAUUUAUCGCCCAAAGUCACUUACGGGUACAAAAGAUUUGACUAAAAAUGCUGAAGUCGUCGCUGGGACAGGGGAGCAGUGCCUUCCGUUCGACGAAGCCAGAUGUGGAGAUGGGGGGAAGGCCAUUGAAGCAACCCUCAUGAGUCCCAAAGGAAUGGCGGUUGAUAAGAAUGGAUUGAUCUACUUUGUUGACGGAACCAUGAUCAGAAAAGUUGAUCAAAAUGGGAUCAUAUCAACUCUCCUGGGCUCCAACGAUCUGACUUCAGCCAGACCUUUAACUUGUGACACCAGCAUGCACAUCAGCCAGGUGCGUCUGGAGUGGCCCACUGACCUCGCCAUUAACCCCAUGGAUAACUCUAUUUAUGUCCUGGAUAAUAACGUCGUCCUGCAAAUCACGGAGAACCGCCAAGUGCGCAUCGCUGCCGGACGGCCCAUGCACUGCCAGGUGCCAGGGGUGGAAUAUUCUGUGGGGAAGCACGCGGUCCAGACGACCCUGGAAUCCGCCACCGCCAUCGCCGUGUCCUACAGCGGGGUCCUGUACAUCACCGAGACCGACGAAAAGAAAAUUAACCGCAUCAGGCAGGUCACCACGGACGGGGAGAUCUCGCUGGUGGCGGGGAUACCUUCUGAGUGCGACUGCAAAAAUGACGCCAACUGUGACUGCUACCAGAGCGGAGACGGCUACGCCAAGGACGCCAAGCUCAGUGCCCCAUCCUCCUUGGCCGCCUCCCCGGAUGGCACCCUGUACAUCGCGGACCUGGGCAACAUUCGGAUCCGGGCUGUGUCGAAGAACAAGCCUUUCCUUAACUCUAUGAACUUUUACGAAGUUGCCUCUCCAACUGACCAGGAACUCUAUAUCUUUGACAUCAAUGGCACUCACCAGUAUACUGUAAGUUUAGUCACUGGCGAUUACCUGUACAAUUUUAGCUACAGCAAUGAUAACGAUAUCACCGCUGUGACAGACAGCAGCGGUAAUACUCUUAGAAUUAGACGGGACCCAAAUCGGAUGCCAGUACGCGUGGUGUCUCCAGAUAACCAAGUGAUAUGGUUGACGAUAGGAACGAACGGAUGUCUGAAAAGCAUGACCGCUCAAGGACUAGAAUUAGUUUUGUUUACUUACCAUGGCAAUAGUGGCCUUUUAGCCACUAAGAGCGAUGAGACUGGAUGGACAACGUUUUUCGACUAUGACAGCGAAGGUCGCCUGACGAAUGUGACGUUUCCAACCGGAGUGGUCACGAACCUGCACGGGGACAUGGACAAGGCUAUCACAGUGGACAUCGAGUCAUCCAGCCGUGAAGAGGAUGUCAGUAUCACUUCGAAUCUGUCCUCCAUCGACUCCUUCUACACCAUGGUUCAAGAUCAGUUAAGAAACAGCUACCAGAUCGGUUACGACAGCUCGCUUAGAAUCAUCUACGCCAGCGGCCUGGAUUCGCACUACCAGACCGAGCCACACGUUCUGGCCGGCACGGCGAACCCGACGGUUGCCAAGCGGAACAUGAGUCUUCCCGGCGAGAACGGGCAAAAUUUGGUGGAGUGGAGGUUCCGGAAAGAGCAAGCCCAGGGGAAAGUCAACGUCUUUGGUCGGAAGCUUCGGGUUAAUGGCAGGAACCUCCUUUCGGUUGACUUUGAUCGAACAACAAAGACAGAGAAGAUCUAUGAUGACCACCGUAAAUUCCUGCUGAGGAUUGCCUACGACACGUCAGGGCACCCGACUCUCUGGCUGCCCAGCAGCAAGCUGAUGGCAGUCAAUGUCACCUACUCAUCCACCGGCCAGAUUGCCAGCGUCCAACGGGGCACAACUAGUGAAAAAGUCGACUACGAUGGCCAGGGGAGGAUCGUGUCUCGGGUCUUCGCGGACGGUAAAACGUGGAGCUACACGUACUUGGACAAGUCCAUGGUCCUCCUGCUUCACAGCCAGAGGCAGUACAUCUUCGAGUACGACAUGUGGGACCGGCUGUCCGCCAUCACCAUGCCCAGCGUGGCCCGCCACACCAUGCAGACCAUGCGGUCCAUCGGCUACUACCGCAACAUCUACAACCCCCCUGAGAGCAACGCCUCGGUCAUCACGGACUACAACGAGGAGGGGCUGCUUCUGCAGACGGCCUUCUUGGGGACCAGCCGCAGGGUCUUGUUCAAGUACCGGAGGCAGACCAGGCUCUCCGAGAUCCUGUACGAUAGCACGAGAGUCAGUUUUACCUACGAUGAGACAGCGGGAGUCCUCAAAACCGUCAACCUCCAGAGCGACGGUUUUAUUUGCACCAUCAGGUACAGGCAAAUUGGCCCCCUGAUUGACAGGCAGAUUUUCCGCUUUAGUGAGGACGGGAUGGUCAAUGCAAGGUUCGACUACAGCUAUGACAACAGCUUUCGAGUGACCAGCAUGCAGGGGGUCAUCAAUGAAACACCUCUGCCCAUCGAUCUCUAUCAGUUUGAUGACAUUUCCGGCAAAGUUGAGCAGUUUGGAAAAUUUGGAGUUAUAUAUUAUGAUAUUAACCAGAUCAUCUCCACGGCGGUGAUGACGUACACAAAACACUUUGACGCCCAUGGCCGCAUCAAGGAAAUUCAGUACGAGAUUUUCAGGUCACUCAUGUACUGGAUUACAAUUCAGUAUGAUAACAUGGGUCGGGUGACCAAAAGAGAGAUCAAAAUCGGGCCCUUUGCCAACACUACCAAAUACGCUUACGAGUACGACGUUGACGGGCAGCUCCAGACUGUUUAUCUAAAUGAGAAGAUCAUGUGGCGCUACAACUACGACCUGAACGGAAACCUCCAUUUGCUGAACCCGAGUAACAGUGCGCGUCUGACACCUCUUCGCUAUGACUUGCGAGACAGGAUCACUCGCCUCGGGGAUGUUCAGUAUCGGUUGGAUGAGGAUGGGUUCCUGCGUCAGAGAGGCACAGAGAUCUUUGAGUACAGCUCCAAGGGCCUUCUGACUCGAGUUUAUAGUAAAGGCAGUGGCUGGACAGUGAUCUAUCGUUACGAUGGCCUGGGAAGGCGCGUGUCGAGCAAAACCAGUCUGGGACAGCAUCUGCAGUUUUUUUAUGCUGACUUAACGUAUCCCACAAGGAUUACUCAUGUCUACAAUCACUCGAGUUCAGAAAUCACUUCUCUCUAUUAUGAUCUCCAAGGACAUCUCUUUGCUAUGGAAAUCAGCAGUGGGGAUGAAUUCUACAUUGCGUCAGAUAACACAGGGACACCAUUGGCUGUUUUCAGUAGCAAUGGGCUUAUGCUGAAACAGAUUCAGUAUACUGCAUAUGGCGAAAUCUAUUUCGACUCCAAUAUUGACUUUCAACUGGUAAUUGGAUUUCAUGGUGGCUUAUAUGACCCACUCACAAAAUUAAUCCACUUUGGAGAAAGAGAUUAUGAUAUUUUGGCAGGACGAUGGACAACGCCUGACAUAGAAAUCUGGAAGAGAAUUGGGAAGGACCCAGCUCCUUUUAACCUCUACAUGUUUAGGAAUAACAACCCCGCAAGCAAAAUCCAUGAUGUGAAAGAUUACAUCACAGAUGUUAACAGCUGGCUGGUGACAUUUGGUUUCCAUCUGCACAAUGCUAUUCCUGGAUUCCCUGUUCCCAAAUUUGAUUUAACCGAGCCUUCUUACGAACUUGUGAAGAGUCAGCAGUGGGAUGAUGUACCGCCCAUUUUCGGAGUCCAGCAGCAGGUGGCGAGGCAAGCGCAGGCCUUCCUGUCGCUGGGGAAGAUGGCCGAGGUGCAGGUGAGCCGGCGCAAGGGCGGCGGCGCGCCGUCGUGGCUGUGGUUCGCCACGGUCAAGUCGCUCAUCGGCAAGGGCGUGAUGCUGGCCGUGAGCCAGGGCCGCGUGCAGACCAACGUGCUCAACAUCGCCAACGAGGACUGCAUCAAGGUGGCGGCCGUGCUCAACAACGCCUUCUACCUGGAGAACCUGCACUUCACCAUCGAGGGCAAGGACACGCACUACUUCAUCAAGACCAGCACGCCCGAGAGCGACCUGGGCACGCUGCGGCUGACGAGCGGCCGCAAGGCGCUGGAGAACGGCAUCAACGUGACCGUGUCGCAGUCCACCACGGUGGUCAACGGCAGGACGCGCAGGUUCGCCGACGUGGAGAUGCAGUUCGGCGCGCUGGCGCUGCACGUGCGCUACGGCAUGACGCUGGACGAGGAGAAGGCGCGCAUCCUGGAGCAGGCGCGGCAGCGCGCGCUCGCGCGGGCCUGGGCGCGCGAGCAGCAGCGCGUGCGCGACGGCGAGGAGGGCGCGCGCCUCUGGACGGAGGGCGAGAAGCGGCAGCUGCUGAGCGCCGGCAAGGUGCAGGGCUACGACGGGUACUACGUACUCUCGGUGGAGCAGUACCCCGAGCUGGCGGACAGCGCCAACAACAUCCAGUUCCUCCGACAAAGCGAGAUCGGCAAGAGGUAA